UCGAGGCUAGGCCAAGGCUAGUCCUGAGAGGUCGGAGAGGGGCAUAAGGGAGAACAAACAGGGCGAGGUGGUGUGGGUCAGCUGGGGGCUUGGAGGAACAGGAUAGGAAAGAUUAAAGAACAGAGGACUCUGACGGAGGCCAGGGCAAGUGUCUAGCAGGGAGGGCCCAGCCUCUGUGAGAAGCCUAAAGGCUUGGAAUCCCCUUUCCUCAAUCCGCUUCUGAUCUCUUGAAAACGUCUCAUUCAUUUUGUUUCCCUCUGCGUCCGCAAAAGUAUUUUAAAAAUGGGACCUAUUUUCUCUGUCCUGAUGGCUCUUUUCCCCUAUAUCACUGAAAGAAGACAGCAGGUCUGAAGGAUGUAGGAUACUUUUUUGCUUUCCUGGUUCAUUUUUGCAAUCACCUUCAUAUAUACUUACUUUGACAGUUGUAUUCAUUUUAGAGUUUGCUCUGACACAUCCAGUAAAGGCCCUUUCAAGUUCUAGACAACAGCAGUUAUUUCUGUCCAGUAUUAAAACUUGAACAGCAAUAAUGGUAAUUAAAAGCUUUCCGUUGUUGUAUCAAGGAUCCUGUAAACACUGAACAGGGUAAGUAUGUAAGUUUCAUAAGGAGAGAACCCCCUAGUGGCCGAGUCUGUGACAAACACCUUUCGGAAGUGUUUUUAAACUGCAGACAGCAAGCUUAAGAAAAUUUUGUUCUUGAAAUGUAUCUUUUUAAGCAAGUAUAAAGGUGUAUAAUUCAGGCCCCUUUACUAAAUGAGGUGCAACCUAAAGUGUUUUGCUCUUUGUUCCAUUUGCGUCUUUAUGAAGAUCCAGUGAACAGAAAGUGUUACUGGUCACAUGUUUGCAAAGCUGUAUUCUCCCUAGUAACCCCAGCUUAUACUUUAACUCCUUUUGUUUGUAAUUUACAGCCUUGGUUAGUGAACACCCAAUUUCAUCUAUACUUUCUCUGCAGUUCUGGAUUUGUUUUAUUUUUGACAGGAGACAUGCUGAUUGUUGAAGAAGACCAAACCAGGCCCAAAAUGUCACCUGCAUUUACAAAACAUGGUGCUCCUAGUUACAUCAGGGAAACUUUGCCUGUGCUUACCAGAGCGGUGGUCCCAGCAGACAACUCUUGCCUCUUUACCAGUGUGUACUAUGUUGUUGAAGGCGGAGUCUUGAAUCCAGCUUGUGCCCCUGAGAUGAGACACCUCAUAGCACAAAUUGUAGCAAGUGAUCCAGACUUCUAUAGCAAGGCAAUACUGGGAAAGACAAAUCAAGAGUACUGUGACUGGAUCAAAAGGGGUGAUACUUGGGGUGGAGCUAUUGAGAUAUCCAUUUUGUCUAAGUUUUAUCAAUGCGAAAUAUGUGUGGUGGAUACACAGACAGUACGAAUUGAUCGUUUUGGGGAAGAUGCAGGAUAUACCAAAAGGGUCCUGCUUAUUUAUGAUGGCAUCCACUAUGAUCCGCUUCAGCGUGUCUUCCCUGACCCAGACACCCCUCCUCUGACCAUUUUCUCCUCUAAUGAUGAUAUUGUUCUUGUGCAAGCACUGGAAUUAGCAGAUGAAGCUAGAAGCAAGAGACAAUUUACUGAUGUAAACCGCUUCACCCUGAGAUGCAUGGUAUGUCAGAAGGGAUUAACGGGGCACACAGAAGCAAGGGACCAUGCCAAGGAGACAGGCCAUACCAACUUCGGAGAAGUGUGAUCCAUGCAUGAUGAGGAUUGAAGCCUACUACCUCACAAAUCCAGAAGGUUCUGGGUUUUCCAAUAAGCUAUUCGUAACCCUAAAGAACAAAAGGAUACAAUGCUUGAACCAUCCUUUUAACCUAAAGCCACUAAGACACUGAAUUCCUUUUUAAGAUUAAAAUUAGCGUGCAAGUUUACAGAUGUGUGUCUACAGUGGUGAUACAUGCCCUCUCUCUGCUGGGGUGACAGAAUAGGUGGUCCUUGCUACCUACUGACACUAACCUGAAGAUUGAGUUUUAGCAUUAUAAACUAGCACCCAGCAGCAUUAACUUGUAGAAGAAAACAACUUCAUAUUUUGGGUAAUGGGAAAGGCCUCAGGUGAGGCCAGCGGACAUAAACCACAGUGUCUCCGGUAAUUGAGUCCUUUUAAAAAUUGAGGUAAUAGUUUCUAAAUUAUGAAUUGAUUCCUCAAAUGAAGAUACUCAGAACUGUCAAAACUGAUUUUAUAUUGCAACUUGGUAGACUUUAUAGAUGUGUACUUCACCAGUUAUAAGUACAUAACAAGCAAUUUUUACAGGGUUGAGUCUACUCCUUGAGAAUGUUACCUAACAACAAGAACUGAUAGUGCCCAGUUAAGGAUUUCUAGUGUUAUAAAAGUAGAAUGUGUGAGGGAGGAGGUGCCUGAGCAGAUUACUGAAGCUUUAAAAGACCGUUGGCCUCAUGUUUUAAUGCAACUCAUUUAUUCAUCUUUGUCGCAUUGGAUAAAACUUUAAAAUUAAACAGGAUAUUUUUUUUAAUUGAAGUUCCUUGAAAUUUGAAUGCUCUAUUUUUGCCUUUCUACCUAAAGAUUUGCCUGGAGGGAUUUGAUUUCCUCAGCUUUUUGUUAAGAGCACUUCCUCCAACUCCUAAAAAAACUUUUCAUCUAAAAUUAUAACAUGCUUUGGUUUGGUUUUUAUGAGAUCUUUGGCUACCUAAACAGAAUUUGUUUUCAUGCUAGCCUUAUCCCACCACUAAUGCUCUUUUAAAUGAUUUCAUGUCUCUGAAAAUUAGCACUUUUAUCCACCAUCUUUUACCUUGACUUUUGCAGAGUUUUAAAGUAAUCGGGAUAAUAAUAUUGAAUGAAUUUGUUUCACUUACAAAAUAUGACAGUUUUUAAAUCUUUGCCUUAUUCAUCCUUCUCAGAAUUCUGCUUCUUACUGAUAUUAGAUGUGUAGCCAUUUGCUUGGUGGGCUAAUCCACAAGGCACACCCUCUAAAACUUAGCUUCACUAUGAGAUCUUCCAGAUAAAAGUUUUCUACCUCUUUUCUUAAUUCUUCUGACGAUCAGGGAUGCUAAAUUAUAAUUUGUUAUGUAUUAUCUUACAUAAUGUGAAGAGGCCUAAUGUUGUAAAGUUUUAUUAUCUUGGUCUCAUUUUUGAUUAAGUAUCUCACUUAGAAAACCAAUGGUAUGGGAAUUCCCUGGCGGUCCAGUGGUUAGGACUCCGUGCUUUCAUUGCCAAGGGCGCGAGUUCAAUCCUUGGUUGGGGAACUAAGGUCCCACAAGCCACGUGGCGUGACCAAAAAAAAAACCCAAUGGUAUACUUUAAAGCACAUACAUAUUUUAGCAUAUCUUCUUGGCAAAUGUUUCAAAAUUGAGAUUUACUUUUAGCACUUUCACUUGGUAGAGAUAGCCAUAUAAAAUUAAGGAAUAUUUAAACAAUUUAGGAGAAAUGUACCUUUAAGGAACAAUUUACAAAAUAUGCUUGAAAUCAUUAGAUGACAUUUCUUGAGUACCUUUUGUGUGAAUAGGUCUUUUAGGCAUUAUAAGUUAUUGUGGUCACUGUAACUUAAAAGUGUUUAAUUUUCUAUUUAACUAAACCUUAAAAAUAGCACUUGUGAGUUUGUGAAACUUAAUGUUUGGCAAUCAUAAUGUGUACAAAUGAAUAUGAUUGAAAAUCUCUUUGUACCUGUCUGUCAUCAGGUCUAAAAGGAUUUUGUAUCUUAUUUCCCCCAGAAAAUAUUAAAUUUAAAGCUGUAGGUUAAGAGUAUACCACUGGGUAGCACCCAUCAAAUUGAGCUUUAUGCAUCAUUAUUCAUAAACCUUGCCUUCCUUUCUUAAGUAUUUCAGGGGCCAAACUUGAUACUUACUUACUGGAAUUUUAGAGAAGUCUAUUCAUGCAACAGAUAUUUAUUGAGUAAUUUAUAAUGUCAGGCAUAUAUUGAUGUUUCCCAGCAUAAAUUUCUGUUGCUUUAAAAUUGAGUAUCCUUUAUCUAUCAAUAUAUUUGAUUUUUUUAAAAUUUUUUAUUGAAGUAUAUAUAGUUGAUUUACA